AGGAAAUCCCCAUCGCACAGAGCUGCCUCUCUCUCCUAAACAAAACGAUCACAAAUCUGGGCAUCUAAAGAUUGAUUGCUGAUAAAGAAUUCUACAUCUAAAGGGAACCCAGGCAAGAAGAGGCAAAGGGGACACAAUGACUGUUUUCUUCUGUCUUCUCACCCUCGCCGCCAGCCUCAUUGGCUCCUGCCAUUCUAGCCCCCACAUGAUUAUUGCCAACUAUUCUGGCCAAUGGCUUACUACAGUACCAAAGAACUUGUCAUCAUGGACAAACGUACUGGAUCUAGCUUUUAAUUUUAUACACGCUGUAGAACAAACAGACUUCAGCUACAUGACCGAACUAAAAGUCCUUAACGUAUCCCAUAAUUCAAUCAAUGAUCUGAACUGCACUGUUUUUGCGUUCAAUAAAAAAGUGGAAUACAUAGAUUUAUCCAACAAUAAGUUGAAGAGCAUUGCAGGAAUCUUUCCAGAGACUAUUCGUCAUUUGGACAUUUCAACAAAUUAUUUCAAAACCAUGUCUAUGUGUAAAGGGUUUGGAAACCUGUUGCAACUAGAAUAUCUUGGGAUUGGUGCCACUCAAGUCUUCAGGUCUGACUUUGAGCCUAUCGCUCGUUUGCAGUUGCAGUAUGUGCUAAUUGAGUUACAAGGACUCACUGAUUAUGACAAUGGCAGUAUAGCCGUGCUAAACACCAAGAACCUUCAUAUCAUUUUACCCUCAACAGCAACGGACCCCUAUAAUGUUCUUCUUGAUGCUGUAAAGACAUCUGAAGUCUUAGAAUUGUCAAAUGUAAGGGAAUGGAAUUUAAAAAGUGACCCAAAGAAAUACAUGACAGAUAUAGCACAAAAUUCUAUAGUAACCCAUUUAACCUUGAGUCAUUUUGUAUUGGAUUGGCAUACUGUAGUUAAUGCUCUGCAGAGCAUUUGGCAUUCUUCAGUUGAAAGCCUACGUUUUUAUGACCUCACUUUGUCCAGACAUAUUGAUAAAGUCCAGUUUGACUAUUCUAACACCUCAAUGAAAGCACUUUUGAUACAAAAAGCCUCAACUACUGAAUUUCAGUUUAAGCAAAGUGACUUGUACAGUCUUUUUGCUGACAUGAACAUCGAAAAUUUAACUAUAACCGAUGCUAACAUACUGUUUAUGGUGUGCCCUUUGGAAUCCAGUCCUCUGAAGCAUAUUAACUUUGCAAAUAAUGCCUUGACGGAUGAUGUUUUUCAAGAAUGUGCCACUUUAAAAAAUCUGGAAAGCCUGGAAAUGGCACAAAAUAAACUGGAAAAAGUGUCUAAAAUAAGUUCUAUGACCAGAAAUAUGCCAUCCCUUAAACAUCUAGACAUUAGCCAUAACCUGCUUCACUAUGAUGGAGAAGAUUGUCACUGGUCCAACAGUAUUACCAGGUUAAAUAUGGCGUCUUGUGAUUUGACUAAUUCUAUCUUUAAGUGCUUGCCAAGGCAUCUUGAAACGCUUAUACUGAAGAAUAAUGAAGUGACACAUGUUCCUUUGGGAAUAUCUCAGUUUGAGAACUUAAAAGAGCUUAAUCUUGCUUCUAAUCGACUUUCUGAUCUACCUGACUGCAGUUUCUUUAAAGGUCUUGUGGGACUUAAUGUGGAAUAUAAUCAAAUUUUCUCCCCAUCACAAGAAUUGAUUGAAGAGUGCCAUAGUGUGCAUGAACUAAGAGCCGGAGGCAAUCCUUUUCAGUGCGAUUGUGAAAUAAAAAACUUCAUUACUUUUCAAGAAAAAUCACCAGGAAAAAUAAUUGGAUGGCCAGACGACUAUAUAUGUGAGCAUCCAGAAGACACAAAAGGGACUACGCUAAAAGAUCUUUAUAUACCUGAAAUAUACUGCAUCGUUUACUUACUCAUAGCUGUGAUUGUUUUGCCAAUCGUUUUCUUAUCCAUCCUUAUUUUUGGCCUUUGUAAGUAUUUUGAUGGGCCUUGGUAUUUAAAAAUGUUAUGGAAGUGGACACGCACAAAGCACAGGGUGCAGAGAAAGAACAAGAAUUAUCAGGAACUACAGAGGGACUUGGUGUAUCAUGCCUUCGUAUCAUAUAGCGAACACGACUCGUCUUGGGUGAAACAUACUUUAUUGCCAAACCUAGAGAAAAAUAACUCAUCAUUACAAAUCUGCCAACAUGAACGCAAUUUUGUCCCUGGGAAAAGUAUUGUUGAAAACAUUAUCGACUGCAUUGAUAAAAGCUAUAAAUCCAUAUUCGUUUUAUCCCCAAAUUUUGUCCAGAGCGAAUGGUGCCAUUAUGAGCUAUAUUUUGCUCAUCAUAAACUGUAUACUGAAAAUACCGAUAACUUAAUUCUUAUUCUACUCGAGCCAAUCCCUCAGUACCUUAUCCCUUCGAAGUACUAUAAACUGAAAACUCUCAUGGCACAGAGAACAUAUCUCGAAUGGCCCAAAGAGACAAGGAAACAUGGCCUGUUUUGGGCAAAUUUAAGAGCAUCUAUUAACAUUAAUGUGUCCAACCCAGAGACACCGAGUUCUCUAUCAAAUGUAACCGCUUAGGUGGAUUGCCUCUCCCGAAAUAAAGGGCAUUUAAAUC